CUUCCUGGUGUCGGCGGGGCCGGGCCGGUGCCGGGGCGAUGGCAGGGCCGGGGCCGGGGCCGGGGCUGGCGGCGGCCGCGGGGCUGUGGGCGCUGGGAGCGGCGGCCGCCGAGGUGCCGGCGCGCCCCGGGGCGCUGGAGGAGGAGAUCGUGUCGGAGAAGGCGGCGGAGGAGAGCCACCGGCAGGACAGCGCCAACCUGCUCGUCUUCAUCCUGCUGCUCACCCUCACCAUCCUCACCAUAUGGCUCUUCAAGCACCGCCGCGCCCGCUUCCUGCACGAGACCGGGCUGGCCAUGAUCUACGGUGUCCUGGUCGGAGUGGUCCUGCGCUAUGGCAUCCACGUCCCCAGCGACGUCAACAACGUGACACUGAGCUGCCAGGUGCAGACCAGCCCUGCCACCCUGCUGGUCAAUGUCAGUGGGAAGUACUACGAGUACACCUUGAAGGGGGAGAUCAGUGCCCAGGAGCUCAACAACGUCCAGGAUAAUGAGAUGCUGAGAAAGGUGACUUUUGAUCCUGAAGUAUUUUUCAACAUUUUGCUUCCUCCAAUUAUAUUUUAUGCAGGCUACAGCUUGAAAAGGAGGCACUUCUUCAGAAACUUGGGAUCCAUCCUGGCAUAUGCUUUUCUCGGCACUGCCAUUUCAUGCCUGGUGAUCGGUUCUGUUGUGUAUGGCUGUGUGGCGCUGAUGAAAGUCACUGGGCAGCUUGGGGGAGACUUCUACUUCACUGACUGCCUCCUAUUCGGUGCCAUCGUGUCAGCUACUGACCCAGUGACUGUCCUUGCCAUAUUCCAUGAGCUCCAGGUUGAUGUUGAGCUGUAUGCCCUUCUCUUUGGCGAAAGCGUCCUCAAUGAUGCCGUUGCCAUAGUGCUGUCUUCUUCAAUAGUUGCGUAUCAGCCAGCGGGCGACAACAGCCACACGUUUGAUGUCACAGCGAUGUUCAAGUCCAUCGGGAUCUUCCUGGGGAUAUUCAGUGGAUCUUUUGCAAUGGGAGCAGCUACUGGAGUUGUGACAGCUUUAAUAUCCAAGUUCACGAAACUUCGGGAGUUCCCGUUGCUGGAGACUGGCUUGUUCUUUUUGAUGUCCUGGAGCACAUUCCUGCUGGCUGAAGCCUGCGGCUUUACAGGUGUGGUGGCUGUGCUCUUCUGUGGGAUCACACAGGCCCAUUAUACCUAUAACAACUUAUCUACAGAGUCCCAGCACAGAACUAAGCAGUUGUUUGAGCUUCUGAAUUUCUUGGCAGAAAACUUCAUCUUCUCCUACAUGGGACUUGCACUGUUCACCUUCCAGAACCAUGUCUUUAACCCUACCUUUGUGGUGGGGGCUUUCCUUGCUAUCUUCCUAGGAAGAGCUGCCAAUAUUUACCCACUGUCAUUUUUACUGAAUUUGGGGAGAAGAAAUAAGAUCGGAACAAACUUGCAGCACAUGAUGAUGUUUGCUGGGCUGCGAGGAGCCAUGGCCUUCGCCCUGGCCAUCCGCGACACGGCCACGUACGCCCGGCAGAUGAUGUUCAGCACAACACUCCUCAUCGUCUUCUUCACGGUGUGGGUGUUCGGCGGGGGCACCACGGCCAUGCUGUCCUGCCUGAACAUCCGGGUUGGUGUGGAUGCGGAUCAGGAGAACGUGGGUGUCCCAGAGAGCGAGAGGAGGAGUACGAAGGCCGAGAGCGCUUGGCUCUUCCGCAUGUGGUACAACUUCGAUCACAACUAUCUAAAGCCUCUCCUGACACACAGUGGUCCCCCGCUGACCACCACGCUCCCGGGGUGCUGUGGGCCCGUUGCCCGGUGCCUGACGAGUCCGCAGGCGUACGAGAAUCAGGAGCAGCUGAAGGACGAUGACUCUGACCUCAUUUUGAACGACGGGGACAUCAGCCUGACCUACGGGGACUCCACUGUCAACACCGACUCCGUCGUGUCCAGCGGAACGUCGCGGCGGUUCGUGGGGAACAGCUCGGAAGACGCGCUGGAUCGGGAGCUUGCUUUUGGGGACCAUGAACUCGUAAUCCGGGGAACGCGCCUGGUCCUGCCCAUGGACGAUUCAGAGCCCCCAUCAAACGUCCUGGAUAACGCAAGACAUGGUCCAGCAUAAGGUUGCUCGGUUUAAUUGACAGUAAUAUUUGCAUAUAUGAUCAAGAAGUAUGUACUACCUAAAGUCUAAUGCAUGUCUCAAAAUGUCUAAGCUGUAUAAAUAUUAUUUAUAUGGUGUCAGAAGAAUAUAAAUAUUCUCUGCCAAGCACUUGUAAAGAACAAGCUGCAAAUUUAAGUUAAAAACUGUGUUGACUGCACUACGUAGGGUGGAACUGUUUUAGCGUAAGAGUCUUUUGCACACAGUGAGCUUCGUUAAUGUGUGAUUUGAUGAAGGGUUUAGUUCCCAGCGGGUAGGUAAAGGAGCUGACUCCCUGUUCAUCCUUUGAACUUGGGAGAGGAGGGUAGGGAGGUGCUGGUGAGCAGUGGAAAUCGCUUUCUAGGCAGAUGAGGAUUGUUGGUUUUCUUUUUUUUUGGUCUCUGAUUUUUGGAUAGUCACAUUUGAAAUAUCAGUAAAAAAUCUGCCCACAGACCCUCUUGCCAGGCGGUGGAUGGUGAUAAACUUGUUCACUUUGUGGGAACCUGGAGACUUUCUGCUUUUUAGUGACCUUCUGCCCAAGCCCUGCUUUAGUGAGCUCAUGGCAGACCCUGGCCAAAGCUGACAGCAAGGCCUGUGGGUGUCUGGCUGCUCAGAUGGGAGCAGGAGAGAGGGAUGGUUGAAGGGGGUGAUCCCACAGAACCAGGCGUGCACAGAUUUUAGGGCUGAGUCCAUCCUUCAGUUGUGACUCAAGCAGCUUUCUAGAACCAGCCAUCAAAUCCUCAAUUGGCAAUUAAAUUUCGCGUUUGGGAAGCGACCGUGUCCUUGUGCGAGCGAAUCCCUUCUCCUGCAGCCACAGGUGUAGCCAAGGUGUGCAGAGCUACUGCAGCUGCACGUGGGGCCAUGGAGCCCAGGCAGCCUCAAACAUGAGCUUUAUGGCUGCAGAUGGACACGGUGCCUCCGGGGCUCUCCAGAGGCACUGGGCAUCCAGGUGGUACUGAAGGGGAGCUGUCCGUCCGUCCGUCCUCCCACAGAGUUGAAAACCAUUGCACUUCGUUUGGUAACUCCUCAGCAUGCUGUGUGUCUGCAGAACCCACCCCACCUUUCUCAUGUCUCUUUUACCAUUUAAUGAGAAAUGUUUGCGAGUUGAUUUUUUUUUUAUUUUAAUUUAAACUUCUGUUUUCCAGGAAAGAGCACAGAACAAUUUGCGAUUUCACGCUAGUGUUAAAGGAUUUAUUCUGUAGUUAUAGGAAUGGCUAAAGGUGCAGUGAAACUGUUAACCCUGACAUCCUUUUUCUCCUGAAAAGGGGGAAUCACAGAAAUUUACUGUAUGUAAUUUUAUUGUCUAUUUUAUCUACGGUUUUGCUAUACAAACCUUUCAGGGUUACUAGUGCACUACAGGCCUGUUCUGGAGUUAACCCUCUCCAGAGGGCUUAAACAGAGGUGUUUAAAAUAAAAAUAUAUGAAAAAGAGCCAGGUGAGUUCAGGCACUCACAGCUCACAUUAGCUGUCCUUGGAACAAACUCUGCAUCGCUCAGGAUCUGACCCUGAGACCUCAGAGCAGUGUCCCCAUGCCUGUUUUCCCCAGCACCACCUGAGAGUUGGAGGAUACAGGAAAUCCUGAAAUUUCAAGUAUAUAUGUAUAGUUGAGAAAAUAAAUUUACUUGUUUUUUUUUUUUGUUUUUCAUUUUCUCAGGUCUAAGUAACAUUGCCUUAAAAUUAUGGAUGUGAAACCAAUUAUUUUGGCAGUUUAUCCCCAAGAAAAUGCUUUCUUUUUCCUUCAGAACAAAAUGUGUAAGUGUUGCCAUAGGAAUCCCCUGGAAGGGGGGUAAUGCUCUGUUUAUAUUUGGAUAGGGCAUCUUCCUUGCACCUGUAAAUGGCAUCCCGCUGUUAACAUUGCUGUUGGAUUAGCGCUGGCCUUUGUUUCCUACUAUGCAGGAAUUCCAUAAAGUGAGUGUGCAUUUUA